AUGGCGGAGGCGGCGCGCGAGCUGCGCCCACUGUACAAGAAGCUGCUGCGCCUGGCGCAGAGCCUGCCGGAGCCCAAGCGGGAGCAGUCGCUGGACCAGAUCCGGCGCGAGUUCCGCAGCCACGGAGACCUGACGGACCCCGAGGGGGUGUCGGCGCUGAUCCAGCGCGCGCAGUCGUCACUCAGCUACCUCAAGAUCGUGACGCCGCGGGGCGAGUCCAACACGGGCGUGCAGCGCUUCAUCUACCGCAACGGGCAGCGCGUGAACGCCGCCGAGUUCGAGGCCAAGGGCGAGGAGAACGCGCGCUACAAGACGCAGGACAUCGAGGCCGGGCUGAAGCGCCACCACCAGCUGCUGCGCCGGCAGUACUUCAUGGACCGCAAGAGCGGCCCGCCCCGCCCCAUUUUCUAG